GGAACUUUUCAUGCUGAAACGUCAAUCAUACUCUUUCGCGAGUUAUACUUCAGUCGCUCGCGCGAACUGGAACUUUUCACGCCAAUCAUACUCUCCCGCGAGCGCACGGAACACAGCAACAGCGUUCGUUCCGUUAACAACGGAUGGCCCGAAAUGCAGCUCACCUGGCUGGCCGAAAUUGUCUUUUAAACUUGUAAACGGUGGGCGGCUUGAAACCGCCUGUGCUGAAUAACGUUGGCUGUUCCGUUCUCCCCCUCCGCGCUCAGGAUCCCGGAAGUAGCCGAGUGAGAUCAUGAUGGCAGGUGAGAGAAACCCUGCGUCGUGUUACCUGGAUGAAAGGACCUUCCGGCUUUGCUGUCAGCGCUUUCUCCAACACUCUGAGACCAUCCAGGAUGGCUGGAGCUGGGAGCAGAUCAAGGGCACUGAUGAAGGCUUCAUGAAGAAGACUGUUCUCAUCCCUGUAAAGCCAAGCGUUUUGCACAAACAACAUGAGUGUUCCAUGCAGGAUGAAAACAUGGCGACAGAUGAUAUCCAGGCAAACGUUGAGGAUGAAAUGGCUGGAGUUCAGGCAGUAUGUGAAAUUCACGCUGUGCUGCGCUAUGAAUACCACAUUCUGUAUUCUUGCAGCUAUCAGAUCCCCGUCCUCUAUUUCAGAGCCUCCACGUUAGAUGGGCGACCCCUGUCUCUCGAGGAGGUGUGGAGCAAUGUUCAUCCGAACUAUAGACAGAGACUACAGCAGGGACCCUGGGACACACUGACCCAACAGGAACAUCCUUUACUGGGCCAACCAUUUUUCAUGCUUCAUCCAUGUCGCACUGAGGAGUUUAUGAAACCUGCUCUGGAUUUGGCACAAGCUGAAAACAAGAGGGUGAACUAUAUCGUGACUUGGCUCAGUGUUGUUGGACCCGUCGUCGGACUGGGCGUCCCUUUGAGCUACAGCACCGAGGUGUCUGCUCCCGACUGAAGCGCCUCUGCUUUGACCUGCUGUGAUCUUCCUGUCUGUCUCAGACUCCACAGACCCAGAGGACGUGCAGAGGACAUGCUGAGGGUCUCCGAGGGGCCAAAGACGCUUCAGAAGUCUUGUUAGCAAUGCUUGAGCAUUCAAGACAGCAAGUCUUUAAGUUCACAAGUUAGCUCUUAAUGUUUAAAUAAAGUGCACUAAAAUAAUUC